UCUUUUUUUGCAGGAUAUAAUCUAAAUCCCGAUCAAGAUGCAGACGGCUCAAUCAUCGGGAACUACACAAAUGAACCAGUUCAGGAGCUAUGUCACAAUGCUAGGUGAUCCAGACUGCAAAGAUGGCCUUAAGCUCAAGGCCACACAGGAAAUCAGCAAGCAUUUUGAGAUGAUUCUGAACUCUCCAAUGUAUCCUGGUUUUUUGGACCACUCUAUAAAAAUAUUUUUAAAAAUUCUAGACGAGGGAGAACCCUUGUUCAUAGCAGAAUACAAUUUGCAACAGGUUAGGAAAUUAAUCCUAGAGAUGUUGUAUAGACUUCCUACAAAUGAUACGUUAAAGCCGUAUGUUAGACCUAUUUUACAGCUAAUGAUGAAGUUAUUAGAAAUAGAUAAUGAAGAGAAUGUUCUGGUAUGUUUGAAGAUUAUUAUUGAACUCCAUAAGCAGUAUAAACCAGUGUUCAGUACCAGUAUUCAAAGGUUUCUUCAGUUUGUCAAAUCAAUAUACUCAAAUCUACCCAAUCACAUGGACAAAAUUUUCGAACCUAGACCACCAAUAAAAGUGAAGGAUUUGAGUGAAAUUAAUAUGGAAGAACUUCUAAAAGAAACCUUUACAAUGACUAUAAUACAAACUGAAACUAGGAAUAAGGAUGGAACUUUGAACGCAUAUUAUUUAAUCCCAAAAGCAGUACUUUCUCUAAAAGUACUACAGGAACUACCAAUCAUCGUGGUGCUUAUGUACCAACUGUAUAAAUUGAACGUAUAUCAAGAUGUAAGCGAUUUCAUCCCCCUAAUCAUGAAUACUAUAACGUUGCAACCAACGCCAGAACAGAGACAAGCUGAGACCUUUAACAAAGAGAUUUUUGUUGACUUCAUGGGGGCUCAGAUAAAAACUCUGUCUUUUCUGGCAUAUAUCAUAAAAAUAUAUCAAGAAGUUGUUCAAACUCAUUCGGCGAAGAUGGUGCAAGGUAUGCUGGGACUUUUGACGUUAUGUCCACAAGAAGUAGCUCAUUUACGAAGAGAGUUGCUGAUUGCUGCAAGACAUAUUUUAGCUACUGAUCUGAGAAAUAAUUUUGUGCCUCACAUGGAGAAGCUAUUUGACGAAGAUGUGCUCCUGGGAAGAGGGUGGACGACUCACGAGUCUUUGAGACCCUUAGCUUAUUCAACACUUGCUGAUUUAGUUCAUCAUGUUAGGCAGCAACUGUCCUUGGCUGAUUUGACUAGAGCUGUGCAUUUGUUUAGCAAAAACGUCCAUGAUGAUAGCUUGGGAACCUCGAUUCAAACUAUGUCAUGCAAGCUGUUGUUGAAUCUGGUCGAUUGUAUAAGGAUACGAUCGGAAGCUGAGAGCAGCAACGAAGGUAGAGAACUCCUUAUGAGGAUGCUGGAAGUUUUUGUUCUAAAGUUCAAAACUAUCGCAAAAAUCCAGCUCCCGAUAUUGAUUAGCAAGUGUGAACAACGUAAACAGGAGGCUCAAACUUUGCUUCAAAAUCAACAACAAAGUGGCAAUGUAGAGAAGACGGAGGGUGAUUCUAAAAAUAAUGUGGCUGACGUGCUGGAAAGCGUUUUGUGUCAAACCGCAGGAACCCAGCCUAAGGAGGAAACAAAAUCAAAGUUUGGGUUUCCGCAAAACAAUAAUUAUAACGUUGCUGACUACAGAAGCUUAGUGAAAACCUUGGUUUGUGGUGUGAAGACUAUCACUUGGGGUUGCUCAGCUUGCAAGACGACGACAGGCCAGACUUUGAUCCAAUCCAAACAUUUCCAACCACACGAAACUCUAGUUUUUGUUAGACUGGUAAAAUGGGCUCUGAAAGCAUUGGAUAUCUAUACUUUGAAUAUAGGACCUCAACCAGGUAUUAUACCCCCAAGAAUCAACCAAAACAAUGUCAGAACUAAAGAAGAAAAGGAAGUUUUGGAACAUUUCAGCGGAGUGUUCUCUAUGAUGAAUUCUCAAACCUUCCACGAAAUCUUCUCCACGACCAUCGAGUACCUGGUGGAAAGGGUGUACAAGAACCCCACCUUACAAAUAGUACCAAAUACGUUGCUUGCCAACCCUACAACAAGUCCAAUAUUCGCAACUGUUCUUGUGGAAUACCUUUUGGAACGAAUGGAAGAGAUGGGGUCAAAUCUAGAAAGAAGCAACUUGUAUUUGAGGUUGUUUAAGCUUGUUUUUGGUAGUGUAUCGCUGUUUCCACAAGAGAAUGAGAAUAUGUUGAGGCCGCAUCUACAUCAGAUAGUGAACAGAUCUAUGGAACUGGCAAUGAGCGCCAUGGAGCCCUACAAUUACUUCCUGCUUCUCCGAGCAUUGUUCCGUUCUAUUGGAGGUGGAAGUCACGACUUACUCUAUCAGGAGUUUCUCCCAUUGUUGCCAAAUCUGCUGGAAGGUCUAAACAGGCUGCAGAGCGGUCUGCAUAAGCAACAUAUGAAGGAUCUGUUUGUCGAACUCUGCUUGACUGUUCCUGUCAGGUUGAGCUCAUUGUUGCCCUAUCUUCCUAUGCUGAUGGACCCAUUAGUGUCAGCUUUGAACGGGUCUCACGUACUGAUCAGUCAGGGUUUAAGGACGUUGGAGCUCUGUGUGGAUAACCUGCAGCACGACUUCUUAUACGAGCAUAUUCAACCUGUGAGAGCAGAGUUGAUGCAGGCUCUAUGGAGAACUUUGAGGAAUAAUGAUCAAGUAGCACAAGUUGCCUUUAAGGUUUUGGGCAAGUUUGGCGGUGGUAACAGAAAAAUGAUGACAGAACCACAAAAACUGGAAUACAUAUCGUCAGACUUUGAUCCUCCUGCAAUUUUAGCCAAGUUCCAUAAUCUAGAACAAACUAUAGAUUUCCCAGUGUCAAAGAUAAUUGAGACUGCUUUCAAUGCUCUGAAACAGAGCAACACAGAUCCCUUCUACAGAAAACAAGCUUGGGAGGUCAUAAACUGCUAUUUAACCGCCUCUAUGAAUUUGAAUGAUGAUGAAAAGACGCUCAUUAAUCUAUUUUUGCAUCCUAGUUUCCAAGAUCCUAACACUAUACCGAAUAUUAAAGGAUCCACUUACAAAUCUAUCUAUAAACAAGCUAGAGAAACACAUCAAACAGCUCUAACAGGAAUGUUCGUUGGUGCUGCUAUAAAGGAACUAAGAGAACCAGUGGUACCAGUUCUAGUAUCAAUAGUGAGACAUUAUACAAUGGUUGCGGUUGCACAACAAUCUGGGGCUUUUGCCUACACACCCAAACGCAACAAACAAGUCACUCUGGAUCCGUUGGUUCUAGUAGAUGCAUUAGCUAUCAUUAUGGGACAUGAAGAGAGAGAACUGUGUAAACCAGGGCACUUAGGACUAGUGCUCAUUGUAGAUACAGCUUCUACGCUUCUGGGUAGCAGGGAAAUGGCAUGCCGUCUCCCUCUUAUCGAAUACCUUUCAGAAAAAAUGUGCGCGCUUUGCUACGAAAGAGCCUGGUACGCAAAACUAGGUGGUUGUAUCGCCAUCAAAUUCAUGUUCGAAAGAUGCGCUUUAAAAUGGGUGUACGAGCACAUGUUCACGUUCCUCAAAGCGUUGCUUUUCGUAAUGAUGGAUUUGACAGGUGAAGUGUCAAGUGGAGCAUUGGACAUGGCCAAAGACAACCUGCAGAAGAUGCUGGUAGUCUGUGUCACUCCUCCACCUGAAGGGUCUGAUCAGGCUACGAAGGAUCUGCAACAAACUGCCUUGGAAGAGGUUACGUAUGAGUUAGUCAGGCAGGUUACCAGCCCUCAUACAAUGAUCAGAGAACAGUCGAUGGCUUCAUUGAAGCUUCUAGCAGAAAAGCAGAAUAAAACAGUAACUGCGGUUAUGGAACCAUCUAAAGACGUUCUGGCCGACAUGGUACCACCUAUGAAGCAUUUGUUGAAACACCAACCAGCCAUAGCUCAAAUGGGUCUUAUGGACGGAAAUAUGUUCUGUACAACAUUGAAUCCACGACUUUUUACUAUAGAUAUGAAAAUAAAGGAACACAGCUUGUUCAUACAAGAUCUUCUGUCGUUAUGCAAUACCGAAGAUGCCAAACUAAAUACAUUUUUUUGUUAUAAAUCUAUUACAAACUUCAUACCACUGAGAACAAGCGCAUUGAGGGUACUAGCGGCUUGUUACUACCUGGAAGAAGUACGAGAAGAAAUAUUCCAUGUGCUGUAUAAAGCAUUAGAAAAACCUAAUGCUGAGCUUCAAGAGACUGCCUUUGAAUGUAUGAAAAAGUUCAUAGCUGGUUAUCCUGUUGAAAAGGACUUGGUUCAUCAAACAGUUAGACCGUUGCUCAUGACAUUAGGAGAUUUCAAAAACCUUACAUUGAAUGGUGCCAAAAUGUUAUCAUACUUGACCCAAUUGUUCCCUAAUGUUUUCAACGAAAAACUCUGCGAGCAAUUACUGGGAAUCUUGAAACAGCUGAUGGUACAUCUCACUAAUACAUAUAAGGCAAUUCAAGAAGCGAAUACAAACACAAAUGGUCUGUCUAAGAAAGGAUCCGAAGAACAAAAAAUCGUAACUAUAAUAAGUAUCUUCCACCAGACUCCAGCAGCUUCCUCAAAGUUUAUCAGUCAACUCUGUCAGUUAAUUCUCCAGACUGAACAAGCUAUGGGUAUCGAGGCCAGCAGCCCAUUCAGAGAGGUGCUCAUGAAAUUCUUGUUGAGGUAUCCAGGUGAAACGUUGGAAAUGUUCUUGAGCGAUAGUUACAUCAAGGAUAAACAGUUUAGCAGAUAUUUGGAGUUCUUGUUAAAGCAAAAAGACGGAAAACUCUUCAGAGACUACAUACCAAACAACAUGGUGAAACGGCUGAUCAAUAUGGUGCUCUCGAACUACACAAAUCUAACCUUAGAAGCACACGAACGUAACGAACUCCAGUAUCAGGCCAUCAGAAUCAUCUCUCUGUUGAUAAAAUUCGACGACCAAUGGCUUUCGACUCAGCAAGAACUAGUCGACGCAUUAAAGCAAAUUUGGUGCGAUGAUUCAUAUCAAGAAAGACAUAAGAAUAUCGAACAGUUAGAGUAUACCCAUUGGAAAGAACCCAAGUUGUUGGUGAAGAUACUCCUGCACUAUUUCUGUCACCAUCCGAACGAUAUAGAUCUGUUGUUCCAAUUGAUGAGAGCUACGGUGGAUAGGUUCAUUCCAGAGUUUCAGUUCUUGAGAGAUUUCUUGGAACAUACUGUCGCGCAAAAUUAUACGGUAGAGUGGAAGAGAACUACCUUCUUUAGGUUCGUCGAGUUGUUCCCGAUGAAUGAUAUGUCCCAGGAAUUGAAAGCUAAAGUGCUACAACUAAUUCUGAUACCAUGUUUUGCUGAAAGCUUUGCAAGAGGCGAAACUAAUAAGUUGGUUGGAGGCCCGCCUAUGCCUUAUCAAGAUAGCAAUGAUAAUGUAGUCUCUGUUUUCAUCAACAAGCUGAUUGAUCCUGACAAUCCAUUCCCAUCAGCCGAUUGCGUUCGUAUUUCUCUCCUGCAAUUUUCCUGUCUGCUGGUGGAGAAAGCUAGUCCCCACAUACACGAUCACGACGCAAACAAUAAGGCUGGUCAAAGUUUCAAGCUCAGACGCCUCAUGACGUUCGCUUGGCCUUGUUUGCUUGGUGAAAAUUGCAUUGAUCCUGCCACUAGGUACCAUGGGCAUUUGUUGCUGUCGCAUAUCAUUGACAAGUUUGCAAUACAUAGGAAGAUUGUACUACAAGUAUUCCACAGUCUCCUUAAGGCUCACGCAGUUGAGGCUAGAGGUGUGGUGCGGCAGGCGCUGGAAAUUUUGACACCCUCAAUGCCUCUCAGAAUGGAAGAAGGAAAUACAAUGCUUGUACAUUGGACGAAGAAAAUCAUUGUUGAUGAAGGACAUUCUAUGCAGCAAUUGUUUCAUAUUUUGCAACUUGUUGUCAAGCACUAUAAGGUUUAUUAUCCAGUCAGACACCAUCUCAUUCAGCAUAUGGUAAGCUCCAUCCAAAGGCUUGGAUUCAGUCCUACUGCUACUCUAGAACAUAGGAAGUUAGCUGUUGAAUUGGCUGAAGUUAUUAUCAAAUGGGAGAUAUAUGGUAUCAAGGAAGAAUCUGAAAAUGCUGAGGCUGGUGAAGGCACGUCAAAGAGACCCAUAAAUGAUGAUGGCGAGAGUAGCAGGAAGAAAUUUGCAAUUCCUGGUCCUUCCGGGUCUACAACUCCUACCCCAGCUAUAAAAACAGAGCCUGGUAUCAAAACUGAUAUGGGACCUAUUGAUAAACAACACAUUGAAACUGUUCUAAACUUUCUUUUGAGACUAGCAUGUCAGGUGAAUCCAGUGAACCCAGUGGCCAACAGCCCAGGCGAAGUUCUUUCGCGACGCUGCGUGAUUCUCAUGAAAACUGCUGUAAAACCAGACAUCUGGCCUUACACGAUAGAUCUCAAACUCGGCUUUUUCGAUAAAAUUCUCGUGAGCAUUGAUCAGCCCAAUUGCAACAUUGCCAAUAUUUGCACGGCAUUGGAAUUGCUGACUUACCUGUUGACGGUCUUUGACAAAAAGCAGAUCCUCAACAGUUUUAAGCCGUUACAGGAGGGUAUAGGUGCUUGCGUUACGUCAAAUAAUAGCAAAGUGAUAAAGUUGGUACAUAAUUUGUUGACUAAGCUGUUUGCCCUGUUCCCUAUGGAAAGGACCAAUGCGAAUCUGAGCUGUAAAUACGAGGAGUUGGAAGUGCUGUAUUCUACAGUCGGAAAGGUUAUAUCCGAAGGUCUGAACAACUAUGAGGUCAAAGAGAACCCAUCAAACCUCUUCAGUACUGUAAUGAUCUUAAAAGCGGCCUGUGCGAAUAAUCAUUCGUACAUUGACUUGUUGAUCACACCGUUCAUGCGAGUGUUGCAUAGAUUGGCCAAAGAACAUCUGGCCCCUACUACAACUGAAUACAUGGCCCUUACCAGCGAACUGUUGAUUCUGUGUCUAGACCUGGUGAAGACUAGAGUUGUGGUCAUGGGUGUUGAAAUGAGGAAAACAUUUAUUGGGGCCAUAUUGGUCGGGUUAAUUGAGAAGACGCAGGAUAUCAAGGUUAUGAAGGCUAUUAACAAGAUGCUGGAAGAAUGGAUGAAAUGCAAAAACGUAGUGACAUUGAACCAAGCUCCUAGCUUGAGGGAGAAAUCAAUAUUGCUGGUGAAGAUGAUGCAGUAUGUGGAGAAAAGGUUCCCUGAUGACAAUGAACUUAAUGCACAGUUUUUGGAGCUGAUAAACUAUGUGUAUACUGACAAACAUUUGAAGGCAACAGAACUGACCUCAAAAUUAGAGCCUGCAUUUUGGCGGGUCUACGUUGCAACCAGCCUCACAUCAGAGCAAAGUUUUUCAAAGUUUUCGACGAAUCUAUGAGUAGAAGACUACAUGACAGAUUAUUAUAUAUCAUAUGCUCCCAGAAUUGGGAUGCUAUAGGUCCUCACUAUUGGAUCAAGCAGUGUAUCGAGCUGUUGCUCAUAACUGCUGCGCCAGAUAACGGUAUAAAAAUGUCCCAUGAAAGCAGCAUUUUGCCCAGCAUAACCUCCGCCAUAAACCACGCAGAUAAGCAUAAAAAAGAGGAGUUCAGUUUGUACCAGAUCCAAAAUCCUGACAUUUUCAAUUCAUCUGAGAUCAAAGAGGAAGUACUCGACGUGGACUUGACUAACGUUGAUGCUAAUCCAAAUGUGGAAGAAAAACCAGUGAUCCGAGAAGAGACUAUUGAAAUGAUCAAGAAGCACUAUGAGUUCAUUCAGGUUUCAAGAAACAUAAAUACAGAACAAUUUCUUGUUGCUGCUGCUCAGUUGUGUCAUAUGGACACAGCCUUAGCUGAACAUGUAUGGCUAGCGCUGUUUCCCAAAAUUUGGAGUAUUUUAGAGGAGCCUCAUAGAGCAGUUCUAGCUCAAGAAAUAUUACCAUUCAUAACAUCUGGUACACAUAUAAUUCAGAAGGAAUGUCAUCCAAGUGCUGUGAAUACUUUUGUGGAAGCCCUGUGUAGAUGCAAUCCACCCGUACAAAUGGCUCCUGCUUUGAUGAAAUACCUGGGUAAAUCUCACAAUCUUUGGCACCGAAUGGCUCUUGGCUUGGAACAAAUGGCUUUUGAACCAGGUGCAGCAUUCAAGGCUACAAAUGCUCCUUCCUGCUAUGAAUUUGAGGGAGAACAAGCAAAAACUGAUCCUUUGGACUGUCUGGCCGACUUAUUCAAACAAUUGUGCGAAGAAGACCUGUGGGCGGGUCUAUGGCAACGCCACGCCCACUACAAAGAAACCGCAGCCGCGGUGGCAUACGAACAGCACGGCUUCUUCGAACAAUCACAAGCGGGAUACGAGGCCGCCAUGGCAAGGCAUCGUGCUGAAGGUGGGGCCCCAGCACAUGCACAGAGGGAGGUUUUACUGUGGGAGGACCAUUGGAUACGCUGCGCCAAAGAACUGAACCAAUGGGAAGUAUUGACGGAAUACUCCAAAAACGGCGUAAAUAACCCUUACUUGCUGCUGGAAAGUGCCUGGCGAAUACCAAACUGGGAUGUCAUGAAAGAAGCCCUGACCAACGUAGAAUACAACUGCCCCAAAGAAAUGGCGUGGAAGAUAACUAUGUAUGGAGGUUACUUGCUCAUCUGUCAGCCAGACGAGAAUAAAUUGCUAAAAUUCGUCGAGAGAUAUGUGGAAAGUGCCAGUAAUAUGUGCUUGACGGAGUGGAGACGACUGCCACAUAUUGUCAGCCACAUUCAUCUGCCAUACCUACAGGCUGCCCAGCAAAUCAUGGAACUCCAAGAAGCAUACCAAAUACACAAAGGUUUGAAACAGGGCUACCAAAACUCAUUGCAUGAUAUGAAAGCCAUAGUAAAGACGUGGAGGAAUAGGCUACCAGUGAUAGCGGACGAUUUAAGUCACUGGAAUGAUAUCUUCACCUGGAGGCAACAUCACUACCAAGUGAUAGUGAAUCACUAUGAGAGUAAUCGAGACACUACCACUGCUAAUUCUAUGUUGGGAGUCCAUGCUUCAGCACAGUCCAUCAUCCAUUAUGGCAAGAUAGCUCGCAAACACAAGUUGACAAACGUAUGCUUGGACACCUUAAACAAAAUCUACAGCAUUUCAAGUGUGCCGAUCGUGGACUGUUUCCAAAAAGUGAGGCAGCAAGUAAAAUGCUACUUGCAAAUGGCAUCAAUGAAUGACAAAAACGGUCUAGUCGAAGGUUUGGAAGUGCUCAGUCACACCAAAAUGCAGUAUUUCCAAAAAGAGAUGAAUGCCGAGUUUUAUGCUUUCAAAGGGAUGAUGUAUCACUUGAGCAACAAACCGGAUGAAGCAAACAAGGCGUUCUCAGCAGCAGUACAAAUGCAUGACACCUCGAUAAAAUCAUGGGCUCUCUAUGGCGAUUACUUAGAACAGGUCUUUACAAGAGACCCCAGACAGAUCAAUCUUGGAGUCAAUGCCAUGGCAUGUUUCUUGCAUGCCUGUAGACAUCAAAAUGAAGCUAAAGCUAGGAAAUAUCUUGCCAAAGUGCUGUGGCUGUUGAGUUACGAUGAUGAAAAGUCUAGUUUAAUGGAGGCCUUGGAUAAAUACUCUGUCGGAGUUCCACCAAUCCUUUGGCUACCUUGGACACCACAACUCGUGAACUGUUUGGUGCAGUAUAAAGGAAAUGUGAUAUUGAAUUUGCUCUGUCAAGUUGGUCGAAUGUUUCCACAGGCAGUGUAUUUCCCAAUUCGUAUACUUUAUCUGACUCUGCGCACUGCUACCGCAAGAAAGACUAAUAGUGCUCAGUCUCAGCAAUCCUCUCAAGACUCGAACAGCAGCACUGGAGGUGCCGAGGCGGGGCAAAGCGGAGAGCAAACUGAAUCUGGGGGUAGUCAAAGCAACACUGGAGGUACGGCAUCGGCCACUGUGGAAGCGAGUUCGAUCAAGGCCACGCCCACGAUGGUCAAGUGCUCACAGAUCAUGAAGAUGCAGAGGGAUAUUCACACGACAGUUUCGAGUAGUUUGGAGGGGAUUGCGGAUCAGAUGGAGUGGUUCAAAGAGAACUGGUACGAAGAGGUACUCCGCCAACUCCGUCAAGGCUUGACCAAAUGCUACGCGAUAGCUUUUGAAAACAGAGAAGCCGUCAACGAAGCCAAAAUCACCCCGCACAUAUUGAACUUCGUGAAGAAGCUGAUGUCCACUUUUGGUAUCGGAGUGGAAAAUAUUCCGAGCCCUGUGAAUGUCACGUUCAAUUCAGCGGCGUCUGAAAGUCUGGCUAGACGUGCAGAGGCGACCUAUAAGGAUCCUGUGUUCAAAGCUAUGAAACAGGAGUUUACAAAAGAUUUUGAUUUUUCGCAGUCGAAUUCAAUGAGGUUACACACGCUGAUCUUCAAGCUCAAGAAGUGGAUCAAGAUUUUGGAUAAUAGGUCCAAGAUGUUGUUGCAGUCAUUCCUGAUAGAAGAAAAAUGCCGCUACCUCUCAAACUUCACACUCAAAACUGCCGAAGUGGAGUUACCCGGUGAAUUCCUCCUGCCCAAGCACAACCACUACUUUGUGCGUAUUGCCCGGUUCAUGCCGAGGGUGGACGUGGUGCAGAAACACAACGCUGCAGCCAGGAGAUUGUACAUUCGGGGGCAUAACGGGAAGAUCUACCCUUACUUGGUCGUGAACGAUUCAGGAUUGGCGGAUGCGAGGAGGGAGGAAAGGGUAUUGCAGUUGUUGAGGAUGAUGAAUCUUCAUUUGGGCAAACAAAAGGAAACCGCUAGACGAUUUCUACAGUUCACUGUUCCCCGAGUUGUAGCUGUUUCCCAACAGAUUAGGUUAGUUGAAGACAAUCCUGCGUCCGUAUCUUUAUUGGAUGUAUUCAAAAAAGGCUGUGCAAAAUUAGGAAUAGAACAUGACGACCCGAUUCAGUAUUACUAUGAAAGAUUGGCAACAGUACAAAGUAGAGGCAUCAAGGCUAGUCACCAGGUGUAUAGGGAUAUUUUGAAAGGCAUUCAGCUGAAUAUGGUGCCAAGAAACCUUAUCAAACAAUGGGCUAUCGAGACGUUCCCUUCAGCAACAGAUUAUUGGCACUUCAGGAAAAUGUUCACUUUGCAACUGGCUCUUGCCUGCUUCUCAGAAUACGUCUUCCAUCUCACUCGUCUGAAUCCGGAUAUGAUGUAUCUCCACCAAGACUCUGGACUUAUGAAUAUUUCGUAUUUCAAAUUUGACGUAGAUGAUAGUACGGGCGAACUAGACACAACACGUCCGGUUCCGUUCAGAUUGACACCUAACAUCAUUGAAUUUCUGUCUACGAUUGGAGUUACUGGACCUCUGACUGCAUCUAUGAUUGCAGUUGCAAGGUGUCUGGUAUAUCCAAAUUUCAAGGUUCUGAGCAUUUUAAAACCGAUUUUGCGUGAUGAAAUGAUGUUAUCGAGAGCGAAAAAACCUGAAGACAUUACUGGUACCAAUCAAGAAAAGGUUUCAGAUGCUGAACAAAUCAUAAAUAUGGUCAAUAAGGCUGUGACGUCAAUCUCGAAUAGACUGAAUAGCUUGGCACACUUUGAGGGAACUGAUAGCAAGGUUGCAACACUUGUAGCUGCAGCCAACAGUCAUGACAAUCUUUGUCGAAUGGACCCAGCCUGGCAUCCAUGGUUGUAAUUCCCGUUUUUUUAUCAGUAUUUGAUACAUUUUGUCAUUUAUUGUUAAUUUAUUUUGGUUAGUUGGUUGUAUAAAGGUUAGUGUAGAUUAUUUUUCGAUAUAAUGAGAAAAAUAAUAUAAUUUCAGAAAGUA